GUUGAAACAUUAACGAGUAGAGAAAUCUGACAGCUUUCUGUUAGUCUGUAGAAAGUUGGUAACAGAGACAGUUAUCAGCAGCAUCCCAUAACAGCACAGCAAAUCUUUGCAUUUGAGAGAAGACUGUAGUUAUGGUACCAAUGAGGAGGUUUCCUAUCAAAGACAAGCCCCAGGCCACCCGGGCCCUGAAGUUCAUCCAGCUCCAGCUGAUGGAGCUGGCCAAAGACUGUGACAACAAGCUGAAGAACGGUCAGGUCAGCCCCAACUGCUUUGUGGAGCUGGAAACCCAACUGGAGAAGAUUCUCCACGAGACCCGCGCAGCCUGCAAGCCUCCUCCAACAAAACCGGCGAAGAGGGACUUCAAAAUCAUCAGAGAGGUUUCCCGUGGCGCCUUUGGGACUGUAAACCUUGUGUGGCACAUCAAGACCAAGGAGAUCUUUGCGAUGAAGCAGAUUGCACUGAAAUACCCCAGCCAGAGAGCUGAUGUUCUGUUGGAACGGGACAUGCUCACCUACCUUGACCACCCCCUCGUCGUGCCCAUGUACUGCUCGUUUGAGACAGUAGGCCAAAUGUACAUGACGAUGGAGUAUGUGAAAGGUGGGGAUCUUGAAGACUUGUUGGAAAAGGAAAAGCAUUUUCGUAUGGACAUGGCCCAUUUCUACAUGGCAGAGCUUGUCUUGGCUGUGGAGUACAUCCACAGCUACGGCAUCCUGCACAUGGACCUCAAACCCAGCAAUCUGUUGAUCACUAAAGAGGGACACAUCAAGGUGGCUGAUUUCGGGCUGUCCAAGAUUGGGUCAGUCAGCACGGCAGCCUUGAUGACUGAAGCAGACUGUCGGCGAAAUGCCAGAGAGUUCACCGACACAGAGACAUGCGGCACACCUGUCUUCAUGGCCCCAGAACUGUACCUAAAGACGGGCUAUGGGAAGCCCGUAGACUGGUGGGCCGCAGGAGUGAUUCUCUAUAAUCUCCUGUACGGUGUAGUACCUUUCGAUGGCAACAAUAAAAAAGAGGUCGCUAAACUUGUGACCGAAGAUGACAUCCACUUUCCAGAUGGGGGACAUCCCAGCCUGGAGUUUGCCAGGCAGCUCAUCAGUGGUCUCUUGGAAAAGGACCCUGUGAGGCGUUUGGGUACACGAGGAGCCAGUGAGGUGAAAAGACACCCGUUCUUCCAGGGUGUGGACUGGAAGAAGCUCCCCUAUGAGACACCUCCAUAUGUCCCUGAUGUGAAAAAGAUGCUGGACGGCAGCAGCUUUUCAUGUACUCCUUCAAAGCUGCGCCUCACAUCCUCUGAUUCUGAUGAUGACUAUGACGAACCACCUACGGGGCAAACAAACUUCUGCACUGUUGCCUUCCGCUUCAACAAGGUGUACGGCAGCCCAAUGCCCCUGUCCCCCUGCACGCCUAUGAAUCGGCGCCUGUUGUCAGCAAAGCCGGGAGACAGCGAGGCAAAGGAGGAGCAGCAGGAAAUUGAGGCGUCUGAUGAAGGUUUUUCUGACGAAGAGGACUCCGACGACAUGGGUUUCAGUGAAGCCUGUCUCGGACAAAGUGGACAUGGCGAAAGUCAAUCUGACAAUUCUUCACCUUCCCCCCACCACUCCGCUCCAGGCCAAAUGGACUCAGUCUACUUUGACAGUGAUUCUGAUGGAGAGGACAACAGCAAAUUUAAUUUCAGAUUACCCUGUCUCCGACAAAGUGGACGGGACGAAAGUCAAUCUGACUCCGCCCCUACACCUCCCCCCCACCACGCUGCUCCAGUCCAAAUGGACUCAGAAUACAUUGACAGGGAUUCUGAAUGGGAGGACAUCAGUCAGCAUUCCAGUGAAGCCUCUCUCCGACAAAGUGGACAGGACGAAAGUCAAUGUGACUCCACCCCUUCACCUGCCCCCCACCACGCGUCUCCAGUCCAAAUGGACCCAGUGGAAGAGUGCCUGAGCAAGGACCUGCUCGAUGCCACCUGGUCCCUGCUGGACAUCCAGGUCCAGAUGGCCGAGCUGGCCAGAGACUUAAGCAACACGCUGCAGAACGAUCUGGUCAGGCCCGACUACUUUAUGGAGCUCCACAGCCAACUGGUGGAUAUUCUCCAGGAGACCCGCGCAGCCUGCAAGCCUCCUCCAACAAAACCGGCGAAGAGGGACUUCAAAAUCAUCAGAGAGGUUUCCCGUGGCGCCUUUGGGACUGUAAACCUUGUGUGGCACAUCAAGACCAAGGAGAUCUUUGCGAUGAAGCAGAUUGCACUGAAAUACCCCAGCCAGAGAGCUGAUGUUCUUUUGGAACGGGACAUGCUCACCUACCUUGACCACCCCCUUGUCGUGCCCAUGUACUGCUCGUUUGAGACAGUAGGCCAAAUGUACAUGACGAUGGAGUAUGUGAAAGGUGGGGAUCUUGAAGACUUGUUGGAAAAGGAAAAGCAUUUUCGUAUGGACAUGGCCCAUUUCUACAUGGCAGAGCUUGUCUUGGCUGUGGAGUACAUCCACAGCUACGGCAUCCUGCACAUGGACCUCAAACCCAGCAAUCUGUUGAUCACUAAAGAAGGACACAUCAAGGUGGCUGAUUUCGGGCUGUCCAAGAUUGGGUCAGUCAGCACGGCAGCCUUGAUGACCGAAGCAGACUGUCGGCGAAAUGCCAGAGAGUUCACCGACACAGAGACAUGCGGCACACCUGUCUUCAUGGCCCCAGAACUGUACCUAAAGACGGGCUAUGGGAAGCCCGUAGACUGGUGGGCCGCAGGAGUGAUUUUCUAUAAUCUCCUGUACGGUGUAGUACCUUUCGAUGGCAACAAUAAAAAAGAGGUCGCUAAACUUGUGACCGAAGAUGACAUCCACUUUCCAGAUGGGGGACAUCCCAGCCUGGAGUUUGCCAGGCAGCUCAUCAGUGGUCUCUUGGAAAAGGACCCUGUGAGGCGUUUGGGUACACGAGGAGCCAGUGAGGUGAAAAGACACCCGUUCUUCCAGGGUGUGGACUGGAAGAAGCUCCCCUAUGAGACACCUCCAUAUGUCCCUGAUGUGAAAAAGAUGCUGGACGGCAGCAGCUUUUCAUGUACUCCUUCAAAGCUGCGCCUCACAUCCUCUGAUUCUGAUGAUGACUAUGACGAACCACCUACGGGGCAAACAAACUUCUGCACUGUUGCCUUCCGCUUCAACAAGGUGUACGGCAGCCCAAUGCCCCUGUCCCCCUGCACGCCUAUGAAUCGGCGCCUGUUGUCAGCAAAGCCGGGAGACAGCGAGGCAAAGGAGGAGCAGCAGGAAAUUGAGGCGUCUGAUGAAGGUUUUUCUGACGAAGAGGACUCCGACGACAUGGGUUUCAGUGAAGCCUGUCUCGGACAAAGUGGACAUGGCGAAAGUCAAUCUGACAAUUCUUCACCUUCCCCCCACCACUCCGCUCCAGGCCAAAUGGACUCAGUCUACUUUGACAGUGAUUCUGAUGGAGAGGACAACAGCAAAUUUAAUUUCAGAUUACCCUGUCUCCGACAAAGUGGACGGGACGAAAGUCAAUCUGACUCCGCCCCUACACCUCCCCCCCACCACGCUGCUCCAGUCCAAAUGGACUCAGAAUACAUUGACAGGGAUUCUGAAUGGGAGGACAUCAGUCAGCAUUCCAGUGAAGCCUCUCUCCGACAAAGUGGACAGGACGAAAGUCAAUGUGACUCCACCCCUUCACCUGCCCCCCACCACGCGUCUCCAGUCCAAAUGGACCCAGUGGAAGAGUGCCUGAGCAAGGACCUGCUCGAUGCCACCUGGUCCCUGCUGGACAUCCAGGUCCAGAUGGCCGAGCUGGCCAGAGACUUAAGCAACACGCUGCAGAACGAUCUGGUCAGGCCCGACUACUUUAUGGAGCUCCACAGCCAACUGGUGGAUAUUCUCCAGGAGACCCGCGCAGCCUGCAAGCCUCCUCCAACAAAACCGGCGAAGAGGGACUUCAAAAUCAUCAGAGAGGUUUCCCGUGGCGCCUUUGGGACUGUAAACCUUGUGUGGCACAUCAAGACCAAGGAGAUCUUUGCGAUGAAGCAGAUUGCACUGAAAUACCCCAGCCAGAGAGCUGAUGUUCUGUUGGAACGGGACAUGCUCACCUACCUUGACCACCCCCUCGUCGUGCCCAUGUACUGCUCGUUUGAGACAGUAGGCCAAAUGUACAUGACGAUGGAGUAUGUGAAAGGUGGGGAUCUUGAAGACUUGUUGGAAAAGGAAAAGCAUUUUCGUAUGGACAUGGCCCAUUUCUACAUGGCAGAGCUUGUCUUGGCUGUGGAGUACAUCCACAGCUACGGCAUCCUGCACAUGGACCUCAAACCCAGCAAUCUGUUGAUCACUAAAGAGGGACACAUCAAGGUGGCUGAUUUCGGGCUGUCCAAGAUUGGGUCAGUCAGCACGGCAGCCUUGAUGACUGAAGCAGACUGUCGGCGAAAUGCCAGAGAGUUCACCGACACAGAGACAUGCGGCACACCUGUCUUCAUGGCCCCAGAACUGUACCUAAAGACGGGCUAUGGGAAGCCCGUAGACUGGUGGGCCGCAGGAGUGAUUCUCUAUAAUCUCCUGUACGGUGUAGUACCUUUCGAUGGCAACAAUAAAAAAGAGGUCGCUAAACUUGUGACCGAAGAUGACAUCCACUUUCCAGAUGGGGGACAUCCCAGCCUGGAGUUUGCCAGGCAGCUCAUCAGUGGUCUCUUGGAAAAGGACCCUGUGAGGCGUUUGGGUACACGAGGAGCCAGUGAGGUGAAAAGACACCCGUUCUUCCAGGGUGUGGACUGGAAGAAGCUCCCCUAUGAGACACCUCCAUAUGUCCCUGAUGUGAAAAAGAUGCUGGACGGCAGCAGCUUUUCAUGUACUCCUUCAAAGCUGCGCCUCACAUCCUCUGAUUCUGAUGAUGAUGACUAUGACGAACCACCUACGGGGCAAACAAACUUCUGCACUGUUGCCUUCCGCUUCAACAAGGUGUACGGCAGCCCAAUGCCCCUGUCCCCCUGCACGCCUAUGAAUCGGCGCCUGUUGUCAGCAAAGCCGGGAGACAGCGAGGCAAAGGAGGAGCAGCAGGAAAUUGAGGCGUCUGAUGAAGGUUUUUCUGACGAAGAGGACUCCGACGACAUGGGUUUCAGUGAAGCCUGUCUCGGACAAAGUGGACAGGGCGAAAGUCAAUCUGACAAUUCUUCACCUUCCCCCCACCACUCCGCUCCAGGCCAAAUGGACUCAGUCUACUUUGACAGUGAUUCUGAUGGAGAGGACAACAGCAAAUUUAAUUUCAGAUUACCCUGUCUCCGACAAAGUGGACGGGACGAAAGUCAAUCUGACUCCGCCCCUACACCUCCCCCCCACCACGCUGCUCCAGUCCAAAUGGACUCAGAAUACAUUGACAGGGAUUCUGAAUGGGAGGACAUCAGUCAGCAUUCCAGUGAAGCCUCUCUCCGACAAAGUGGACAGGACGAAAGUCAAUGUGACUCCACCCCUUCACCUGCCCCCCACCACGCGUCUCCAGUCCAAAUGGACCCAGUGGAAGAGUGCCUGAGCAAGGACCUGCUCGAUGCCACCUGGUCCCUGCUGGACAUCCAGGUCCAGAUGGCCGAGCUGGCCAGAGACUUAAGCAACACGCUGCAGAACGAUCUGGUCAGGCCCGACUACUUUAUGGAGCUCCACAGCCAACUGGUGGAUAUUCUCCAGGAGACCCACAAAGCCACCUGCAAGCCCACUGUUGAGGACGUCUCCAGUGAGGAGGACAGGGAACCAAAUAAUCAAGGCAGAUGGCCACCCACCCAGAGCCCGGUUCUGCUCAAGGUUUCUACCCGUUAAAGGGGAGUGUUUCCUUGCUACAGCGCAUAACCACAACUAUGCAAUGCUCAUGGGGUCUUACCCAUAUAUAUACGUAUAUAUGUGAUAUCUAUACGUAUAUAUGUGAUAUAUAUAUACGUAUAUGUGAUAUAUACACAUA